UUUCAAUACUAUAACAUCAAUUCUUUGUAUGUAAACAAAUUUGUAUGCUAAAAAUUGAAUCUUUUUAAUACCCAAGUUGACUUGCACUCCACCUGUUUGAUAAAAUGUCUCACAGAAUAAAAAACCCAAAACUUUCAAUAUUUCUUGAAUAAAAAACAGUUAGUUUUCUCUGUUCUGUUAUCUUUAGAUGGCUCGGAUGUAGUCUUAAACCCCAGAAAACUCUUGUGAAGACAUCACCACUAAGCCACCUUUUUGGUGGUUCAGAUGAAUUUUCUUGAAUAAUUUGUAUUUAUUGAUGUGUAUCCAUAUUUCUUGACAUAUAUUUGCAUCUUCAAACCUAUAAUGUCAAUCAUAUGUGGCCUUCCUUUACUUGAAUGUGUAUAUUGUAUUGGAUGUGCUAGAUGGGCUUGGAAACGAUGCCUGCAUACUGCAGGCCAUGAUAGUGAGACAUGGGGUGUAGCCACCCCUGAAGAAUUCGAACCCGUACCUAGGCUUUGUCGAUAUAUACUUGCAGUAUAUGAAGAUGAUCUUAGAUGCCCUCUUUGGGAACCGCCCGGUGGAUAUGGGAUUAAACCGGAUUGGUUGAUCUUGAAAAGGACUUAUGACGAUACUCGACGUAGGGCCCCACCGUACUUGUUGUAUCUUGAUCAUGAUCAUAGGGAUAUAGUUUUAGCUAUUAGGGGACUAAACUUGGCCAAUCAGAAAGAUUAUGUGGUUUUGUUGGAUAAUAAGUUGGGUCAAAGGAAAUUCGAUGGUGGGUAUGUUCAUAAUGGAUUAUUGAAAGCUGCUGGAGUUGUGUUGGAUGCAGAGUAUGAUACUUUGAAGAAAUUGUUGGAAGAGUAUCCGAGUUACACAUUGACUUUUACUGGACACUCACUUGGGUCAGGUGUGGCGACGUUGUUGACGAUGGUGGUGGUGCAAAAUCUGCGUAAGUUGGGUAAUAUUGACAAAAAGAGGGUCCGGUGUUAUGCUAUCGCGCCUGCAAGGUGUGUGUCGUUGAAUUUGGCAGUGAGAUAUGCAGAUGUUAUAAAUUCCGUCGUGCUCCAGGAUGAUUUCUUGCCUCGGACAGCCACACCUUUGGAAGACAUUUUCAAAUCACUUUUCUGUUUGCCAUGCUUGCUAUGCUUAAGAUGCAUAAAAGAUACUUUCACAUCCGAGGAAAGAAAAAUCAAAGAUCCAAGGAGGCUUUAUGCACCUGGUCGCCUGUAUCACAUCGUUGAGAGAAAACCUUUCAGAUGUGGUAGGUUUCCUCCAGUUGUAAGAACGGCAGUCCCUGUAGAUGGGAGAUUUGAGCACAUUGUUCUUUCUUGCAAUGCCACUUCCGACCAUGCCAUUAUUUGGAUAGAAAGGGAGGCCAAAAGGGCACUGGAUUUGAUGCUGGAGAAAGAUCCAAUCAUGGAGAUUCCAGCAAAACAAAAGAUGGAGAGACAGCAAACUUUGGCUAAAGAACAUGGAGAAGAGUAUGCUGCUGCACUGCAACGGGCUGUCAAGUUAGCCGUGCCUCACGCCAUGUUACCAUCUCAUUAUGGCACCUUUCAGGACUCGGAAGGGGAGGUUUCAAGUGGAGAAUCGUCCAGUAAACACACACCAGGAGGAAGUUGGGAUGACUUGAUUGAAAAUUUAUUUGACAAAGAUGAAUCUGGUCACGUUGUGUUGAAAAAUCCGCAUUCUGUUGUUUGAUUCAAGUCUGUACAUACUACAGUCGUCUUCUUUGUGUAAAUAAGAAGCGUAUUAUAGAAGUACAUAUAGAACUAGUUACAGGUUGAAAUCGAUUGAUGGAGUAAAACAUAGGGACUUACGGGGGACAAUUUGGUUAUAAUCACUGCAAGAAAACCAUUCUCGA